GGAAGUUUGAGGAUAUAAUAGCCAAAUCAUGGUGAUGGUGUUGGAAAAGAAAGAUCCAAAGGAAUUAAUUCUCCAAGAAAUCCUGGCAAUUCCAAUGGUUGCCAUGAGUAUUAGGGUCUUGAAAUAUUGGGGUUUAAUUUAUGAACGAAAUUGGCGUCGCUAUUUUUCACUCUCGUUAACAACAAUUUUUAAUUUAACUCAAUUUAUUUAUAUGUCAUUGACAAGAGAAGCCGUCGAUGUUAUCAUCCGAAAUGCUUACAUGUUGGUUUUGUGGUUUAAUACAAUUCUAAGGGGUUACUUGAUGGUUAUGCAGAAGUCCAAAUAUGAGAAGUUUCUAAGCGACUUUAUUGACUUAUACAAGUCUUUAUUGCACAGCAACGAUAAAAUUAUAACUGACAUGUUAAAGGCAACAAAUGCUUUAGGCAAAAAUACAGCCAUUAUCAACAUGGUACUGGGACUUAUGACAGUUCUUGGAUUUUGUGCUUAUCCGAUCUUUGCUGAUACUAGAAUGUUACCAUAUGGAAGCCAUAUUCCUGGAAUCAAUGAACUAGAAGAUCCAGCAUUUUAUAUAUUUUACGUGUACCAAGUCAUAAUCACUCCGAUUGGAUGUUUCAUGUAUAUUCCGUUUGGAAGUUUGGUUGUUUCAUUGAUAAUGUUUGCAAUUCUAAUGUGCAAGGUCCUGCAACAUCGGUUACGGGGAAUAAAUGGAGACCAGAAUAGUUCGAAUAAAAUUUUAAUGAUGAAAAUAAAAUGGUGCAUUAAAUAUCAGAAGACCAUCAUAAUGUACGUCAGCAUCAUCAACAAUCUUACUACUUAUGUUUUCUUGGUAGAGUUUAUUUGUUUUGGAACACUUUUAUGUGGACUUCUGUUUUUACUAAAUAUUGCAGAAACUACAGCUCAAGUGACAAUAGCAGUUACACAAAUUUCUAUGAUAUUUUCACAGAUAUUAACAUUAUACUGGUACGCUAGUCAGCUUGCAGAGGAGAGCGGCAAAGUAGCAGACGCUGCAUACGAUGUCAAUUGGUUUUUAAUUGAGAAACCAAUGCAGACUAAUAUUUUGAUGCUGAUUAUGCGAGCUCAAAGUCCGUGUGUGAUGACUGUUGGAAAUAUCUAUCCGAUGUCCUUGGAAAUGUUUCAAUCUCUACUAAACGCAUCCUAUUCAUAUUUCACAAUAUUACGUCGCUUUUAUGAUUGAAUUUUCUUUCCUUUCAUAUUUUGGUUUUCAUAAAGAUUUUCAGAGAUGAACAUUAGUCUUGUGGAAGGCACCGACCGGUGCGACACACAGUGGUCCUAUCAUGAUCCUUAGCUGGACUUAAUUCUGAUUUGGUGUUUUUAUAUUAGUUUUUCUGUAAUAAAUAUUUACAAUUUACUUAAAA